AGGAGUGCUGCCAGAAGAGCUGUCUUUACAGCGGAACAAAUUGAACGAGAGCACACCUUUGCACGUGAAAGAAGUGCAGCUAGAAGAGCUGCUUUAACUUCAGAGCAAGUUGAACAUGAGCGUACCGUGGCUCGAGACAGAAGUGUAGCUAGAAGAGCUACUUUAACAUUGGAAGAAAUCGAAAAACACCAAGAGCAAACUGGUGAGCAAGUUGCAGCAUGGAGAGCUGCUUUAACACCAGAACAAGUUGAACACGAACGUGCUGUGGCUCGAGACAGAAGUGCAGCUAGAAGAGCUACUUUAACAUUGGAAGAAAUCGAAAAACACCAAGAGCAAACUCGUGAGAAAGUUGCAGCAUGGAGAGCUGCUUUAACACCAGAACAAGUUGAACAUGAACGUACUGCGGCUCGAGACAGAAGUACAGCUAGAAGAGUUGCUUUAACAUCGGAAGAAAUUGAAAAACAACGAGAGCAAACUCGUGAUGAAGCUGCAGCAUGGAGAGCUACUCUUACGCCGAAAGAAAUCCAGCUACAACGAACACUUGCUACUGAACGAACUAUGAGUAAACGAGCUACAGCGUCACCAAAAACAGCCGAAGAACAGCGAGUAGUAGCUCGCAAAAGAAGUACUGCAAGACGAGCUGCUUACACAUCUGAUGAACUCGAACGUCAGCGCGCAUCUGCUCGUCAGAGAAAGCUACUUCAAAAAAGUGGCAAGCACCAACAAGAAAGGAUGAAAACAAAACUACAUGAAAGUAACGAUUUUGAAUGGCCAAAAUCUAUUGAUAUUGAACGAGAAAUUGGAUCGACAGCAAGUGAAGUUAUACCAGUAUGUCUCCCAACACCAAAUCCUGCGUUGGAAGACUUUGAUCAAACGUUCCGCAAAGAUGUAGUUCAAUUGAAUGUAACCGAUUCUCAAGGUCAACAAUUACCUACAGAAGGAACGAAAAUGAAUGAACGUCAUACAUUUGACAGCGCACAUCCACAAUCAACAUCUCAUCUCAUAAUUAAACGUUCCAUUCCAGUAGUACCAGUUCUGAUAGGUCCUCAAAUACCUCGCCGCGAACGACAAGAAAUACAUGAACGGUGGAAACGUGACAUUGAAGGUCGACGAGAUGAAGCAAGAAACUAUUUAAUUUCAGGUGAAGGUACUCUGGAAAUACGAGAUGAUGAAACACAGAUUGAAGUCGUAGCCACUGAAAUUCCAACAAGUCCUAUUAAAACGAGAGCUACAAGAGUUCCACCUGUAACUACAACCAAUGCAAUAUUAUUUCCAACAAAACAAGAUAUUAUCAGACAAUUUACACUAAAUACUCAGCAAAAAUAUGCUUUCAUGAUUAUAACUAGUCACUUAGAUGGCGAAAAUCAUGCUUAUACCGGUAUUAUCGAUAAUCAGUUAUUAAUGUGCAUACUUGGUUGCGGUGGUACUGGAAAAUCUCAGUUGAUUCAUGCAAUUACCAAAUUAAGACAUGGACAAUCGACAAUAGAAGAUUACCAACUACUGUGUACGAGAGUCAUAGGAAAUCCAAAACUUCAAGUAUCUCUACAACAAAAGCCAUGGAACGAAGCUCCAAUACUGGUUUUUCGGAAUACGCUACGCACUCAAAUUAAUAAUAGAGCUGUCUUAAACAAAACAAUGGAAAUGGGACUUACCCCAAUUGUAUGCAUUGCUCAAGAUUAUAUUCAAGGAAAACCAGUGGAUGAUCUACGAUUAUGUAAAGCCAUACUUGAACUACCUGACAAUAAAACCGAACAUCUUCCAGGGUAUCUACCUCUGGUACCAGGAAUGCCAGUUUUACUCACAGAAAACAUCGCUACCGAACUGGGACUCUCCAACGGUACACGUGGAAUCUUUCGUCAACUUGUAUACGAUGAAUCACUAGAAGAUGUUCGAUACCAGGAUAAGAAUUUUCCACCAAAUACCAAGUUUAUAACGCAACCAAAGUAUGCUUUAGUAGAAUUUCCUGGUUGCAAACUUGAUAACAAACUUGCUGAACUGCAGUCCAAAAUAGUUCCUAUAGCUAUUAGUGAACAAACAUUCUUGUUUGACGCCAAGGAACUUCUUUCAGAAAAUAUAGCAAAAGCGGCCAAAAUAAACAAGAAAACAACAAAACUCUCGGUCAAACGUAAAGCACUUCCGCUUAUACCCGCAUAUAGCAUGACAACAUAUAAAAGCCAAGGCCAAACACUCGGUAAAAUUAUCGUCGAUCUGGUCAUGCCUCCUGGACCACUCGAAGUUGCAUCGGUUUAUGUUCCAUUAUCUCGUGUAAAGAGACUUGACGAUAUACUUAUUAUACGCCCAUUUGAAUUUGCAACACUUCAAGUUAAACCAUCGACGGCCCGAAUAGAAGAACUUAAACGAUUACAUAGAAUAGCACAAGAUACUCGGAAACGCUUUCAAUUCAUUGUUUAA